AUGAAAUAUCAUACGCGCGCUUGUACACUACGCACCUUCUUGGUGACAUCGGCUUUCUUCUGCACCUCGUCUGCUUUUCAAAUCGUGCCUACUCCAGCGCUUUUCCGGAGAGACGACUCAUGUUCGGCGGUCGACCCCAAGCUACCCAACAGUUUCUCAUGUGCUUCAGGGAACAACUGCAUUUCUCUUGACAACUCGUCGUCGGCACUCUGUUGCCCGGAGUCCAGUUCAUGCGACAACAUUCAGACAAUAUCCUGCGACAUAUCGUCUCAAAAUGCCACUGCGAAUCCGACGGCAGGAAUCUUCACAACGAGGCUUGGGGACAAGUUGCCACAGUGCGGAGAUAGCUGCUGUCCGUUCGGAUAUUCCUGCAUGCAACAGUCUUCGGGGCCUUCCAUUUGCAGCAUUAUCCAGAGCACGAGCAUAGUAGGAAAAACGGACGGGUCUUCUGGUAAUUUACCCAGUUCUUCCUCGACAAGCUCUUCGGCCACAAAAUCGGCGACUUCGAGCCCCUCAACGACCAAGUCGACAUCGACUUCAAGCCCAAGCAGUGGUAGUGUAUCAGCAGCCCAGGUCGAACCUCAAUGCAACAAAUUUCCCAUCGGGGUUUUCCUUGCCGGGUUCUUUCCUGGCAUGUUUGUCGGCGCCUUCCUGAUGCUGGCGUGGGUCAUCUGCAGUGGACGACAUCGUAAACCAAAUUCCCGGGACUCUUCUGGCUCGUCAAUCUACAAACCAACCAUCUCAGACCCCAUUCCAUUAGAUGCCUCUGGCGGAAGGACGGAUUUCCUCCGCAAAACCACCGAUCGAGCAAAGUCCAUGUUUUCUGCAAAGAGCAAUCGGAACAGCCAACAAUCCGCUCCUAGUCACUGGAAGAUGCCUACACCACCGGUACCCAACAAUAUCCCCGUCGUCCCAGCAGGCAUACCUGUCACGCCAGAGCGGAGGCUCGCCCAUGAACCCAGCAUGGAAAGCAUCAAAGUUUACACUCCACCAGCUGGGUCAGUCCAACACCCCAAUCCCGCGGCGAUUGCUCCACUGAGAGGCAUGGCAGCGCAACGAUUCCCGCUGACGACCAAAAACAACAUGGGCAGUCCGUUCCAAUCCCCUCCAAACAACGGCAGCAACGGCCCUAACACAGCGAAUAGGAUGAGCAGUACUUUGAGGAAUGAGCGGGGUGUCAGCGUCUUCUCUGGCGAGUCCGAGCUCUCAGCCGGUGAGGAUGGGCCUACACUGACGCCAGCACGAUACAAUGGUGGUUUCAACCCUGCACAACGCAUGCGGUCCGAGAGCAGAGACGAAAUCAGCAGACCAAACACCACUUUUACCGAGAUGUUGCAUGAAGCCGGAUUCCCUGAUCCGAUGCAACCCCCAGACCAACGUACACCGGCUGUGCCGAAGAUACCAGAGGGCUACGCAGGGAGGAGUUAUCGGGUGUGA